CACGCUAAGAUGGCCACAUCAAAAGUCAAGGCCAGGGCGGCCAUGUUCGAGAAGGGCGCGCCGGGCACGGGCACCCCGCCAUCGUUUAGAUCGAUCCCUCGCACGUCCUCUACGCCCGAGUCUCCCCCGGCGGAGCCCGCCCCCCCGCCUGCAACCGCCGGGCGCACAGAAAGGUUCUCGGAUGUGCCCCUCACGGACAUCGCUCCAUCAGCGCCCGAGAUCGCGGAGACACUAGCGGCGCGAGGCGAUCCCGCGGCGACUCCCCCGGCGAAAGAGCACAGGUCCUUCUUCGCCGCCAUCAGCCCCGCCAUCAGCCCCGCCGAUCACCCGGACACCGCCACCCUCCACGCCAGCCCAGGCUGGAAAUCCACCAUGUCCCACCUUCUCACCCGCUCGGCCUCCUCCACCUCGGACCCUUCCCGCGCGCCCUCCCCCCUCGCCUCCGCCUCGCCGCCAACGCUCUCCCCCUCGCCCGCUCCCGCCCUCCACCGGGUAGAAUCGGCGCCCACGAGGGACAGGCGGCUCAGCAAAGACCUGUCUGUGUAUGAAAGGGGCCGGGAAGGAUUUGAAAAGGUGAGAAGCGAGAUGGACAGCGCCGCGAUGGAAAUGCGGCGGGAACGGCAAAGCAGGCGGACGUCGACCUAUAUCAGCAGCGCAGACGCGCCCGCCAUCCGCACCCCGGAUACGAUCCCAGAAACACCAGAAGAGGAAGAAGUCGACUGGACGUUCUGGGGCUCGGUCGUCCAGGGGUAUGAACAAGUCGCUCUUGCGCGUCCAAAAGAUCUGUCCAAGGCUAUCCAGCAGGGUGUUCCCCCAGUCAUACGCGGUGCGGUCUGGCAGCUCAUGUCGUCAUCAAAGUCCCUCGAUUUGGAGGAGGCGUACAAGGCACUACUGAAACUGAGCUCUCCGCAUGAAAAGGCGAUCAUGAAAGACCUGAAUAGGACGUUUCCGAAUCACAAGUACUUUAAAGAAGGAGGAGGUGUAGGGCAAGAAGGAUUAUUCAUGGUCGUCAAGGCCUACAGCUUAUACGAUCAGGAAGUGGGGUAUACCCAGGGCUUGGCAUUCAUCGUGGCCGCUCUCUUGCUCAAUAUGCCGGAUGAAGAAGCGUUUUGCGUCCUUGUCCGUCUAAUGGACUCUUACAACCUGCGCUCCCACUAUACCGCCGAAAUGCAAGGUCUUCAACUUCGUUUAUUCCAAUUCGAUCGGCUGGUAGAAGAGAUCUUACCUCUGCUCCAUACGCAUUUCGUGAGAAAGGGAGUGAAAAGUAGUAUGUAUGCGAGUCAGUGGUUUAUGACACUGUUCAGUUACCGGUUUCCUCUAUCCCUAGUCUAUCGGGUACUGGAUAUCGUCUUUGCGGAAGGUAUCGAAGCUGUUUUCCGAUUCUCGCUCGCACUGCUCAAGAAAUCUGAAGAAAAAUUGGUCCAGCUAGAUUUCGAAGAAAUAUUACAGUUCCUUCAAGCUGAUCUGUUUCAAGUAUAUCGAGCGUCUACCGAAAACGGUGAUGGUGACGCUGGGGCUGGAGAUGGUAAGAAGGAUGGGCAUGAUGUAGAGGAGGAGGAAUGGAAGGCGAACGAGUUUGUCAGAGAUGCGUUCAAGAUACGGAUAACCCCGUUAAUGCUCGACGCCUAUGCCUCGGAAUGGGAGGAACGGUGUCGAGACCAGAAUCGGCAUGCGAUAGAACUUGAUCAAUUGCGGAAUGCGAAUCGUAAUUUGAGCUCUCAAGUUAAACAACUGGAAGCUUCUUUAGCGGCCAUAAAUCAAGAACAUGUCGAGCUUGUCCGACGAUUAGUGAUGAGCAAUAUUGAAAAGGAAGAGAUGGAAAAUGAACUUGUACGAUAUAAAAUGCUCUAUGCCGAGUUGGCACAUGCUCAACAAGAGGCACUUUCCGUCCAUUCCCGCCUUUCGAGCUCAUCCACGGCCGAUACAUUAAAAUCGACGAAAUAAACGAACAAUCAAAAAGAGAAAUGUGUCUUGUAACUAUUAGCUUUGUGAUGAUUUUCUUCCUGACAUACGGACUGUGCAUAUUUCUUUUCCCUUUUUUUUUUUCCUUUUUCUCAUUCAAAAACGAAUAGUAGCAUUAACCCAUUUCCAUCUCCCUUUUCGCAUCAAGCCAUUCUUAAAGGCUUGUCGCAUAUAUAGUUUCCUAGCACAAUGGUCAUACACAUGUAUCUUCACA